GGCGUCGUUGGUGCGGGCCGCGUGAAUGGGGCUCCGCGCCUGAGGCUGCGCCUGGCACGGCCCGCGCGGCGCCUACCUGGGCUCCCCCCCUCCCACUCCCACCCCCCAACCCAGCGAGCGUGAGUGCGGACCGCGGCCGAGCGCGUGCGCGUGCGCGUGCGUGCGCGCGUGCGCACUCGCUUUGGCGCGCCGGCAAGCGCCCGGCCGUUGGCGCGCGAGCGGGGCGACGGUGCCAGGCGGCCCCCGCGCGCCCCGCCGGCUGGUGGUUGCGGGGGAGAGGUGGGGGGGAGGCGGUCUCCCGCCUGGCGCGGGGCCUGCGGGCAGCCGUGGCGGCCGCCGGGGACCGCAAGGGGCGGCGCCGAGGAGGAACGGGCCGUCCGCGAGCGGCGCAGGAAGCGCCAAGCAUGCCCCGUGACAACAUGGCCUCCCUGAUCCAGCGCAUCGCUCGCCAGGCGUGCCUCACCUUCCGCGGCGGCUCCGCUGGCUCCGAAGCCCCCGCGCCCGGCUUCCCCGAGAACCUGAGCCAGCUGAAGAGCCUGCUGACCCAGCUGCGCGCCGAGGACCUCAACAUCGCGCCGCGGAAGGCGCUGCCGCAGCCGCUGCCGCGCAACCUGCCGCCCGUCACCUACAUGCACAUCUACGAGACCGAAGGCUUCAGCCUGGGCGUCUUCCUGCUCAAGAGCGGCACGUGCAUCCCCUUGCACGACCACCCGGGCAUGCACGGUAUGCUCAAGGUGCUCUACGGUACGGUACGCAUCAGCUGCAUGGACAAGCUGGACGCGGGUGCAGGGCCGCGGGCGCCACCGCCUGAGCAGCAGUUCGAGCCGCCGCUGCAGCCCCGGGAGCGGGAGGCCGUGCGGCCGGGCGUGCUGCGCUCCCGGGCCGAGUACACCGAGGCCAGCGGGCCCUGCGUGCUCACGCCCCACCGUGACAACCUGCACCAGAUUGAUGCGGUGGACGGGCCAGCCGCCUUCCUGGACAUCCUGGCCCCACCCUACGACCCGGACGACGGCCGGGACUGCCACUAUUACCGUGUCCUGGAACCCAUCAGGCCCAAGGAGGCCUCCAGCUCUGCCUGCGACGUGCCCCGAGAAGUGUGGCUCCUGGAGACCCCACAGGCCGAUGACUUCUGGUGCGAGGGAGAGCCCUAUCCAGGCCCCAAGGUUCUACCUUGAAGCGCCCGCCCGCUGCCCGGGAACUGGGGGGCCAAACCUUGCUCAAGAAAGGCCUGGCUGCCUGCCACCUGCCAUAAGGGCUCUCCUCUCUCUGUCCCCUCUCCUGAGCGAUGGAUCUACUGGAGUGACCAGCGCCUCGGCUUGGGCAACCUUGGGGAGCACGGUCCACUGGAGUACAGCCACCGGGCACGGUUAUGGGGGCGGGUGAGGGGGGUGGGAAGGCUAGGUUGCUUCCUGGUACUGUCACUGCCACCAAGGUUUUGAUUUAAGGGAGUGGGGCAGGGGACCCCACAGCGCUUCCAUACUAAAGCCAUAAUGAAAAUAUCCCUGUUUCUCAUUCUCUACAAAAUACACUAAAUGGUUUUGAAGCUCUCCUCCUCCUCCCUUUGGUGACUAAGAUCUGUUUUCUCUCCUGCUCAUAGGACCUUUUGCUUCGUGAUAAUUUAUUACUGAUUGUGCAUGACCUUGAAUUGUUUUUUAGUUCAGGCCAUUGGUUUCAAAAAACAAAACUGAGUUUUAAAGUGAGCAGAUCGGAAAAGACAUCUUUCCGGCACUGGGGUCCACUCUCUCAACUCUGAGUGUGGAGGACGAUUUCUUUCUUCCCCUGGCCUAGUAGCCACAUUUGGUGUUCUCAGGUAGCCUUUAGUAAGAAGCUGACACAUGUGAAUUCCCUGAGGCCAGGUCCUUAGAGCUCACCUUCCCCUUGAGUCUCUAGAUCUGUCGGUAAAACAGUUUUGCUGUUGGGGAAUCACUUUCAAAGCAAAGACUAUUUUAUCCUCAAGUGACUUUUUUUCUUAAUGUACUUCAAAGAUGAUACAGUGGAUUCAGAGGGGCUGAAUCUGUUGCGCUUCCAAAUAACUGAAUGUAAAGCCCCUGGCCACCUUCGGAAUUCCAUAUAUUUACUUCCAGCAUCUUCCUGUAAAAGUCCAGGUGGAUACUCUAUUUUUUUUUUUUUUUUUUUUUGCAUUCUCCCAGGAACCCUGCUGAAGGUUGUGGUUCCCGCUGUGUUGCUGGGGUUAGUAUUCUAGCCCUCCCUUAAACAAGAGCCACUGAUGGUUACUGAUGGCCCUUCCUGUAGGAAGAGGUAGAAGACACUAGUACCCUGGGAAGGGUCCUGGAUGUAGGCUGCCUGCCAAGCAGGCAAGAAGCUCAGUCCUCAGCACUACAUAAACCAAGUGUGGUACACACCUAUAGCUCCAGCAUUUAGG